GCCAGCACCCCCGCCCGUAACUGACAUGGCGCGCUCUCGGUCGGCGUUUCCGGGCGGGUCCUUCCAACGGCCCCUGCGGUGAUUCCAUCACUCGGCUUCCUUCCCGGCUUGCCUCGCGCCGGGGCCGGGCUGGGCCAGAGCAGCCCAAGAUGGCCGACUUCGAGGAUCGGGUGUCGGAUGAGGAGAAGGUACGCAUAGCUGCUAAAUUCAUCACUCAUGCACCCCCAGGGGAAUUUAACGAAGUGUUCAAUGAUGUUCGGCUACUACUUAAUAAUGACAAUCUCCUCAGGGAAGGGGCAGCACAUGCAUUUGCCCAGUAUAACAUGGAUCAGUUCACGCCUGUGAAGAUAGAAGGAUAUGAAGAUCAGGUCUUAAUUACAGAACACGGUGACCUGGGUAAUAGCAGAUUUUUAGAUCCAAGAAACAAAAUUUCCUUUAAGUUUGAUCACUUACGGAAAGAAGCAAGUGACCCCCAGCCAGAGGAAGUGGAUGGAGGUCUGAAGUCAUGGAGAGAAUCCUGUGACAGUGCUUUAAAGGCCUAUGUGAAAGAUCAUUAUUCCAACGGCUUCUGUACUGUUUAUGCUAAAACUAUAGAUGGGCAACAGACCAUUAUUGCAUGUAUUGAAAGCCACCAGUUUCAGCCCAAAAACUUCUGGAAUGGUCGCUGGAGAUCAGAGUGGAAGUUCACUAUCACACCACCUACAGCCCAGGUGGUUGGAGUACUUAAGAUUCAGGUUCACUAUUAUGAAGAUGGCAAUGUUCAGUUGGUUAGUCAUAAAGAUGUACAGGAUUCAGUAACUGUUUCGAAUGAAGCUCAAACUGCCAAGGAGUUUAUCAAAAUCAUAGAACAUGCAGAAAAUGAGUAUCAGACAGCAAUUAGUGAAAACUAUCAAACAAUGUCAGACACCACGUUCAAGGCCUUGCGCCGGCAGCUUCCAGUUACCCGCACCAAAAUCGACUGGAACAAGAUACUCAGCUACAAGAUUGGCAAAGAAAUGCAAAAUGCUUAAAGGCUGGAUGUAGGAUUCAUCAAUAUGUGGAAAGAAAGGAUUCAACGUGUGGUCAUAUGAUAAAUAAGUGAUUUAUAAACAAGAGUGGUAUUUUGCUAGGGCUUUCAGAGUUAACAGGUUUUCUAGCCUCAUGGAAUACUGUUGAACCUAUAGCAUUGUCUUGAUUCCUUUGUGUUCUCUGCCUUGUAAUUUUCUGUUUUUACUAUAUCUACUUGUAAAUUUUUUUUUUUAAAUUCUGCCACAUUUAAUGAUGAAGAAAGAGUUCUAUCCUGGAGUUGUUUUACUGUUUAGAAAAUUUUCCUAGCCAUGAAGCCUUGUAUCGAUAGAGACAGGUAAUAGGUUCAGUACUUUUCAACCCCUGUCCUUCCAAGCACUUCUGGUACUUCAGUGGUUUUUACUGAUCCACCAACAGCUAAAGAGGCCAUGCUACAAACUAUAGCUGAAUGGAAGACACACUCAUCCUUCUCCCUCUGCAACUGCUUUGAUCAUCAUUUAUAGCAUCUCAUAACUGUAGUUUUUGAAAGUUUGGAUUGGGACUUCUCAGGUCCUUUUGGUGGGGGGCAAAGGAAGUUUUCUGGAAAUUCCAUUAUAGCCAGCUUCUCUGGGGAAGUUGUUUUUAAUCCAAAGACUUGAACCACAUUCCCUGCACAUGAACGUGUUUGCCUUUUUAUCUUCCCUCAUUGUCUUCCCUCAUUUAGCACCAUUAUAGUUACAGACAUCUGCAUUUUUAGAAGAGUUUUACCCAUUUAUUAUUUUUUUUUAUAUUCAAGAACUGCUGACAUACUAGGGAUGUAGUAGAGUAUAAAACUUGAAAAAUGCAGAUGUUGAAGGAGUAAUAGGUAUCUUGUGCUUUAAUACUUUGUGGCAGGAUUGUACUGUAAGCAAAUGAGUCAAACUACUAUGUAAAUCUCAAACAAAAACUAAAAAUGAACCAAAGUGAAAAGGAUAGCUUCCAGGCAGUAUGUUUCUAUUGUAACCUGUUAUUUAAGGAAAUACUAGUGAUUUGUUCUAAAUAGGAUGUACAACUUGUUCCAAAUUGCUCCUCUUCAGUCCUGCCUGCCAAGAACUCAAAUGUAACUGUGAUAUAGCAACCCUUCCCAGGUAUAUUGGCAGGUAUAUGUGUGAUCUCAGAAUACACAGGUGACAUAGAUUUGAUAUGACAACCGGUAAUGGUGGAUUCAUUUACAUUGUUUACACUUCUAUGACCAGGCCUUAAGGGAAGGUCAGUUUUUUAAAAACCAAGUAGUGUCUUCCCACCUAUCUCCAAAUACAUGUCAAAAAAGAAGGGUGUUUGUGCUUCAAGCUUUGUUUUUGCUCAGUAAUACAGUCAAGCAAGAGUUUGUUUCCAGGUGAUCUGUUGAGCUGUGUAAGCAUUUUGUUUAUUUCAAAUAAAAUAUAUUUGUAUUA